CUGCAGACGACACAAAAUGCAUGGUCAACGCCAGAGACACAGCUCAGGUGAGUCUGACCUCUCGGUCUCUGACGAUCUUCACUACAAGGUGGACAAGACGCCGCCGCCAUUUCUGUGCCUGCUUCUGGCCCUGCAGCAAGUGAUCAUGACCAUCCCGGGCUCGCUGUCCAUUCCCAUGCUUCUGGCGGAGCUGCUGUGUGCAGACGACAAGGCUCUGGUGAGAGCUCACCUGAUAGGCAUCACCUUCUUUAUGUGUGGACUGGCCACCCUCAUCCAGACUGUCCUGGGCAUCAGAUUGCCCAUCAUUCAAGGUGGCUCUUUCACCAUUAUUCCUCCAGUGAUCGCCCUAAUGUCACUUGACAAGUGGAAAUGUCCUGCUGGUAAUUUCACUUUAAUCAUUUCUUAA